GUACUGGUGUAUGUGAAUAAUGUCGAAAGAGGUCAGCCAGAAAUAUAUGUUGUGUUGGAAGAGGCACAGAUCGGUGUUCGUAUACGUGAAUCGUACGCACUGGAUAUUGAUCGCUUAUCAAAUUAUCAGGAGAGCAUGGGUAUGCUGGAUGUCACCCUUAGUGUGCCACCACAAUACGGAGUUCGUCCCGAUGGUGACAAGACCAAAGAGCAAGAGCAACGUCGUUACUAUAAUCUGCCGAAG